UUUCCUCUCCAGUUCAGCCCAGUUCUCCAGCGCUCUCACCGGCUCACUAGCCCAAGUUUACGCACAGGGAUGCGGGCGCGUAGAGCAACCUGAAUAUGGCUCUCUUUAGGAUUUACUCAUUUCUCAUUCCUUUCCACAUAUUAGUAUUGUGUCAAGCCAUAAGGAAUUAUCCGGAUAAUGAAGUUACUCUGCUUGACUCCAUGUCUGCCCCAGGUGAUCUGGGUUGGGAAGCGUAUCCACCAGAGGGGUGGGAGGAGAUCAGUGUGAUGGACGAAAGGAACAUACCUAUGAGAACCUACCAGGUGUGCAAUGUAAUGGAGGCCAAUCAGAACAACUGGUUGCGCACUGGACUGAUCCAGAGAGAGGGCGCCCAACGCAUCUACGUGGAGAUCAAAUUCACUCUACGUGACUGCAACAGCCUGCCUGGAGUUCCUGGAACCUGUAAGGAGACGUUCAACGUAUACUAUCACGAAUCCAACAAUGCCAUUGCUGCCCCUUUACGUCACAUACGCGAGAGCCAGUAUGUCAAGAUCGACACCAUAGCGGCCGAUGAGAGCUUUACGCAGACAGACGUCGGAGAUCGUGUCAUGAAGCUAAACACGGAAGUUCGAGACAUUAGUGGUCUCAGUAAGAGGGGCUUGUAUUUAGCGUUUCAGGACCUGGGUGCUUGCAUUGCUUUGGUGUCAGUUAGAGUCUUUUAUAAACGUUGUCCUCUGGCAGUGCUCAAUCUGGCCCGCUUCCCGGACACAGUGACUGGCGGUGAUUCAGCACUGGUGGAAGUGCGUGGCACUUGUGUGGAGGAUGCGGAAGAGCUGGAGGGACCUCGGAUGUUCUGCAGUGCUGAUGGAGGUUGGCUGGUUCCCAUCGGCCGCUGCGUGUGCCGUCCAGGCUUCGAGGAGGUGGAUGGACACUGCCAACCAUGCCGGUCAGGCUUCUAUAAGGCCUCUGCCAUGGAUGCAUACUGCGUGAAGUGCCCUCCACACAGCUACUCCCACCAGGACAAGGCCUCCGAGUGUGUGUGUGAGAGAGGUUUCUACAGGGCUGAAUCAGACCCCCUGUCUAUGGCUUGCACAAGACCACCCUCUUCACCUGGCAACCCUAUUUCCAUGGCCAACGAGACCGCGGUUACUCUCGAAUGGAGUCCUCCUCGCGACAGUGGUGGACGUGGGGAUGUCACCUACAGUGUCCACUGCAAGAAGUGCUCGGGAGAAACGGGGGCGUGGGCCAGUCGAAAUGGAGAGAGGUGUGUUCCUUGCGGCAGCGGUCCUCACUUCAACCCAAGACAGUUUGUCUUGACACAUCCAAGAGUUCUAGUCACAGAGCUGCAACCUCACACCAAUUACACCUUCAGUAUAGAAGCCCUGAAUGGAGUCUCGGAUCUCAGCCCCAGUCCACGUCUACUAGUGUCGGUCAAUGUCACGACCAGCCAAACAGUGAGUGUAAUCAUAAAGGAACGGAAGGGAACCGACAGCGUAACAUUGGCAUGGCAGGGUCCAGAGCCUUCCGAUGGGACUGUUGUGGAAUAUGAGGUCACCUAUUAUGAAAAGAAUCAGCAGGAUCAGAACUACACUGUGCUAAAGACCAAAUCUAACACUAUGACAGUGGAUGGACUGAAGCCAGGAACCACGUACGUGUUUAGGGUUCGAGCCCGUACAGACGGUGGCUAUGGGAACUACAAGGGGGAGAUCGAGUUGGAGACCAGCCACGAAGACAUGUUGACAGUCGGAGACCCUAACCAGCAAACCAUCCUGGCCAUCUCGGUGGCUGGUGGUGCAGUCCUGCUGGUCUUACUGGUGGCCUGUUUUGUUGUGAGUGGACGGCGCUGUGGAUAUAUCAAAGCAAAGCAAGACCCAGAAGAUGAGAAAAUGCAGUUUCAGCAUGGACGAGUCAAACUUCCUGAAACUCGGACAUACAUACACCCACACACAUAUGAGGACCCCAACCAGGCAGUCCGAGAUUUUGCAAAAGAAAUCGAUGUCUCCAACAUUAGAAUUGAGAGAGUUAUUGGGGCAGGUGAGUUUGGAGAGGUGUGCAGCGGGCGUUUGAGGCUGCCCAGUAGGAGAGAGAUUCAGGUGGCCAUUAAGAGUCUGAAAGCUGGAUACUCUGAGCAGCAGAGACGAGACUUCCUGAGUGAGGCCAGCAUCAUGGGCCAGUUUGACCACCCCAACAUCAUAAGACUGGAGGGAGUUGUCACCAGAUGUAAGCCUGUGAUGAUAGUGACUGAGUACAUGGAAAAUGGAUCUCUGGACACUUUUUUGAAGAAACAUGAUGGGCAGUUCACAGGGAUCCAGCUGGUGGGGAUGAUGCGUGGGAUAGCCACAGGAAUGCAGUACCUCUCAGAGAUGAACUACGUGCACCGGGAUUUGGCAGCACGGAACAUUCUGGUGAACGGAAACCUGGUGUGUAAAGUGUCUGACUUUGGACUGUCACGUGUGCUGGAGGAUGAUCCUGAGGCGGCGUAUACAACGCGGGGUGGUAAGAUUCCCAUUCGAUGGACGGCACCUGAAGCCAUCACCUACAGGAAGUUCACAUCAGCCAGUGACGUGUGGAGUUAUGGAAUUGUCAUGUGGGAAGUGUUAUCCUAUGGGGAGCGGCCGUACUGGGAAAUGUCCAAUCAGGAUGUGAUAAAAGCUAUAGAUGAAGGCUACAGGCUGCCGGCUCCGAUGGACUGUCCGGUGGUACUGCACCAGCUCAUGUUAGACUGCUGGGAAAAGAACCGCAGCGAUCGACCAAAAUUCGGGCAGAUUGUCAGCACUUUGGACAGGCUGAUCCGGAAUCCUAGCAGCUUGAAGCAGCUGGCCAACACUGCAGUCUGGGAGGACCCAGUGACCCCUGAGGCUGGGGUUAGCACAGUGGAGGACUGGCUGGACUUAAUUAAAAUGGGUCAAUACAAAGAGCACUUUUCCGGUGCUGGUUAUGUCACUCUGGACUCGGUUCUGUACGUCAGUGCCAGUGAACUGGAUAAGAUGGGUGUUGCACUGGCGGGCCAUCAGAAAAAGAUCCUAUCUAGUAUCCAGUGUCUUCAUGCACAGCACGGGACUCAAGUUCAGCACUGAUUUUUUAAGGCCCUACAGGAGAAUGGGGCGAUACCUUCCCUUUUGCGAUCAUCAUCCAGAAAUCUUCAGAGACAGCGGAUCGCUUUGGUUGCUCAAAGACUGGAUGUUCACACCACUCAGAAGUGAUAUCUGAUCCAGGGGAAGCGAGGACAAGAAUCGACACCAUGUGACAUCACAGCACUGUGAACAUCAUGCCCCAAUCCUCAUUGUACAGAAGAAAGACCUUGAGAAGAACCACCGAUUGUGUCUUGUGAUUCUUUUAACUGUUUUACAAGCAAAACUAGAUCGAUCUUUUGAAUAUGACACUUUUGUCUUGGUGGGCUUAAAUCUGGAGUAUGAGGAACCUUCAGGUGUCCUUUCAUACUUCUGUACAUGGUAAUAGUUUAUAAGUGUUUAUAAAAGACUGCUUGCCAGUAGAUGCAGAAAGCAGUGAAGCACUGAUCUCUCUUUCCCACAAACACACAUAGUAGGUCAGCCCCUUGACCCCAAAUGCCACAUCUGACGUCUCUUGUCAAGUCCUUGGCAGAGUCUGUGGAAUAUGUCGAUUUCAGAGUGGAGAUUUGGAGAACCCACCUCUUCCCCUACGCUUGUCACUUUUGACAAGUUCUGACAUCCAGUGUACACCAACAGAGAAACCAGAGAUGCUAAAGGAAUAAAAAGUAAUUGUUGCUUCUCAAAAACGGACAUGUCACGAAUAAGGCAGAUGUCAGGAAUGGAACUCCAACAUCCUUCUUUUGACAUUGGCAGCAACUUUCUGUCCUUUUUUUUUGAACAGCCUUCCCAUUUGAUGUGGCUUUUCUUCUCAUUUCACUGCAUUUUUAACAUCUUGUCAAGGCAUAGCUUUGUUUAUGCCUUAUAUGUAUUUCAUCACAAGCGUCAGCUGCUACAUCUGAGGUCUUUGAUGGAAUAAGGAAGCCGGGAGCAUUUAAUGAAAGGGUCUUUUUCCCUGAAUUGACCUGGUGUUGACAGAGCUGCACGUGGUAGACUGUAGAACCUAUAUUUGUCUUGGACAUUUUAGUGUAAAGCUCUACUGGUGACAGUUUACCAUAAAAUUGGCAUGUCAUUUCAUGCACCAUGUUCAGAAUCCCCCAUUUUCUGGUUUAUCGUCCUACAUUUCUUGGCAGUGCUUUGAUUUGCUACGUGUUGAAAUGGCUACGUGUAAUACUACAAUAAAGAAGAUUGUUCUGCAGUAGAAAUUGAGACAUUUGUACAGUGUUGGUUAUUGUAUAUGUAUAGUAAUAACUUGGUGUUUUGAAGGUUUCGUCAGUUGUAAAUUGAAGCAAGGUUGUAACUCAUAUUUUAACCUUCAACUCUAGCUUUGGACAGACAAGGAUUGUGAGGCUGUAGAAUGUAAUGGGAUUUUUAGCUUUAUGGUGUUUGGGAAAGCUAAGCAUUCUCAGGAUUUUAUUUUUUUCACUAAUAACAAUUUCAAGAUGGCAGAAGUACAGAUUUAGUGAGAUUCCUGUUAGAUGCCUUCCAGUUUUGCCAUUCUUAUUUAUGUUUUGACAUUACAGAUGUUUCAUUUAUAGAUUGAAAUGAUUUAUGUAAACAGUAUUGAUUUUAUAAGCACAACUUGAGCACUAUGUGAGGGUAAGGAAAUAAAACCUACUUUUUGUUUUACAGUUACGUUAUUUAUAAUCUUUGCAAACACUUUUAAAGUGACUUAAAUAAAAAAUAGAGUUAACCUCUCAUUCUGUAACCUCUGUUGGAAAUAGUUUGUUUGGGUCAUUGAGCUAAAUUUAAUUGAAAAGAUAAAGAAUAUUUCCUCAGAAAUAGUUAUUGAUGAAAGAGUCAAAGUUAUUAUCGAAAAAACGGGCACAUCUGCUCUGUCUUUUACUAGUUCUUAAUUAAGAGCCACUUCUAAUUGUCAAAUAACUGAAACAUAUGUGCCUAUUCAGAUCUGUAAUUUCCCAUGUGACAAUAACAGCGAAUAAUUUAAUGAGGCAUUGCAAAAAGCAUCCUUCUUCCCAAAAUAAUUAGUGCUUUGACACAGAAUAAACUUAAAAUCAUGCAUUUCUUUGAGGGAUUUAAAAGUUGUCAUUAUUGAGUUGUUUUGAGUUUUUCGUUAUUUCCAACUUGACAAAAUACAAAAAGUCAAAACAAAAAAGUGAAAACACAGACAUGCAUAUAGACGUAUUUUCUGUCUUGAAGUUCUCAAAGCUAUUUACAUCCCUUUUGAUUUUUAAGAAAUGGUUAAUGCUAUUGUUUGUGUUUAAUUUCAAGUUUUUAUUAUACACUGGUAAUAUCAUGCAGUCUUGGUCUGGCAGUUACACAGUCCACACUACCAGUUACCUUCACAUUGCAUCAGGACAUUGGCUAGAUAUUUUUAGCUAAAAUACAUCACCAAAAGUGAACACACGACUUAAAAUUGAUUGCCAGGUUUGAAUAUCAACAAAGAUUAGCACUCAGUCAGGAGAAAGAAUAGCCUAUAUGUCAGUCAAGUGAUGUAGCGCUUUAUGAAAAAUACUGUCUGGAAUCAAUUAACCUGGAAGACCACACUUUUGUGGCCAAAAGCAUUAGUAUUACAAAUUGGUCAGAUGGUUUUGCAGUCAACCUCUGGAACUCUCUAUGUAUUUGCCCAUCAGGACUUUUGUUUUGUUGUACGGGUAACCGCACAGUACAUUACAGAAUUAAAUCAUAUCUGGUAUACUGAUGCUGUGGUGUACACAUGUGAUGCACUUUGCCGCCCACCUCUAAACUGGGAUACUUUAGCCCUAAGUGUAAAAAGAUUCUCUGGCUUGUACAAGAUCGGUAAUGGAUACAUGAUCAGAUAACUUUAUGAAGGAUCACUGAGUCAAUGACUUUAGCGAACCAAGUCCUCAGUCAGUACCUGAAGAAGUUACCUCUAAUUUUGUGUGGAUCUUUUUGCUUUCAAUUUUCAGCAUGCUGAUCAUUUGUAUACCGCUUAUUAUUUCACUAAGCUCUUGUUGAAUUGUAUGUAUUUUAAACAUUG